GAGACAUAGAUUUAUAGACUGCAUCUGUGGAUACAGUCAGGCAAGGAGAGAGUGGAACGAAUGGAGAAAGUAGCAUUGACAUAUAUACACUACCAUAUGUAAAAUAGAUAACUGGUAAGAAGUUGCUGUGUAACACAUAGAGCCCAGACUGGAGCUCUGUGAUAACCUAGAGAGGUGGGAUAGGGAGAAGGUUGGGAGGCUCAAGACAGGGGUGAUAUAUGUAUAAUUAUGGCUGAUUUGUGUUGUUGUAGGGCAGAAAUCAACACAACAUUGUAAAGCAAUUUUACUCUAAUUUAAAAAAAAAAUAAAAAUAGGUUCAAUCAAUGAAAAACUGAUUCUCUCAGUUCAAACUGUGAAAUAUUGUGUGUGAACACAUCUAAAGUUAUUGAAUAGAUUUCAGAAGCACUUAUGCAUGUAAAAUAUAAUUACUGUAUCUUAUCCCUUUAAGUUCCUGUUGUUUACAGUCUCUUUAUGAUGUCAUCACUCAGCGUUACCAGUUUGAACUUACAGUGUUAAAGUCCUGGCAACCUAUAGGCAGGGGAAAUGUCUUUCCAAGAUUGUGUUUGGGAGAAUUAAUCAAUGAAGACAUCCACACCUGGAAUUCUCUAUGUCAUCAGUGAAUCAAGCAAAAAAAUACGGAAUCAACAGUACUUGACUAUAACAUUUCCCAAGUCAUCCCAGCCAGGUGGAAAUAAGAGAUUAAGACCUUCAGAAAUACAAGCCACAGUUCCUAGACAUGAUAAAAGAAAUUUAGAUGAAAUUCAGAAGCCAGCUCAUAUAUGGAUAAGGCAUUCUUUAAGGAAAAAAGUUCAAAGUCCAUCUAAUUUAAUCGUCAGGAUACAGGCCUCAUUCAGACAUCCUUAUACUCAUAUAACCCAUUCUAAAAAGGAAGAAUCUAAAAAGUACAAAGAUGACAAAAAAGGAACAGCUUUGAAGAAAAUUUACAAGAAAGAUACAGGCCCACAUGAAAUAGAUGAGAAACCUAAAAGAGGAAAUAAAGCAGAUAAAACUCCAUCAAAAUCAUCACUUGGAAGUCAACUAUCUAAGAAGUCAAAGUCCAAAUCAGAAACAAACCCAGAAUCCAAAGAUUCUAUAUCAGUUUCAAUAAAGCAUCAAAAAAAAAAAGAAAAGAGAUAUUCAAAAGAUUCCAAGGAGAUGGAUUUUGAAUCCACAAGUACGAAGAAGUACUCUAAGAGCUCAAAGAAUAAUUCUGAUGCCAUAUCAGAGACUUGCUCAAAAAAUAGUUCAAAUGUGGGUUUAAUGGUGCAUUUAGGGGAAUCGGAUGCUGAAUCCGUGGAAUUUGAUAUGUGGUUAAAGAAUUAUUCACAGAAUAAUUCAAAGAAGCCAACAAAUAAGGAUGCAAAAAAAGAUGCAAAGGGGAAGGGCUCUGAUGCUGAAUCUGUAGAUUCAAAAGAUGCAAAGAAAGAUAAGAAGGGUGCAACAAAAGACACCAAGAAAGAUGCAAAGAAGUAUACAGAGUCUACUGAUGCAGAAUCUGGAGACUCAAAGGAUGCAAAGAAAGAUUCGAAAAAGGGCAAGAAAGAUUCAAAGAAAGGUGAUAAGAAAAAGGAUGCCAAGAAAGAUGCAGAGUCUACUGAAGCAGAAUCUGGAGACUCAACGGAUGUGAAGAAAGAUUCGAAAAAGGGCAAGAAAGAUUCAAAGAAAGAUGAUAAGAAAAAGAAUGCCAAGAAAGAUGCAGAGUCUACUGAAGCAGAAUCUGGAGACUCAAAGGAUGUGAAGAAAGAUUCGAAAAAGGGCAAGAAAGAUGAUAAGAAAAAGGAUGCCAAGAAAGAUGCUGUGUCUACUGAUGCUGAUUCUGAAUCUGAAGGGGAUGCAAAAAAGAGUAAAAAAGAUUCAAAGAAAGAUAAGAAAGAUUUAAAGAAAGAUGACCAAAAAAAGCCUGCAAUGAAGUCCAAAGUGUCUACUGAAACUGAGUCUGAUUGGGAGUCAAAGAAGGUUAAGCGAGAUUCAAAGAAAGACACCAAGAAGACUGCAAAGAAGGACACAGAGUCUAGUGGUGCUGAAUCUGAUGUGUCUUCCAAAAGAUGGCUAAAGAAGACUGAAAUGUUCAAAAGUUCAGAUGCUGAAUCUGAAGAGUCUCUAUUUAAACCUGGGCCUAAAAAGAGAGUUGAUGAAUCAGAUGCCACAUCUACAGAUUCAAAGAAGGAUGCAGUGGAACCAAAAAGAGGAAUCAAAAUGCCAUCCCGGAGAACUACAUUCAAAGAAAAAGGAAAAAAAAUAGGUACAGGUAGAGUUCCUCCAUCAAGAGAAAGACCACCACUACCUCCUUGUGAGCCUAUACCGCCAUCACCUAGAGUCAAACGUCUCUGUCGUUGCCAGAUGCCUCCUCCACCUCCAAAACCAAGCUUUGCUCCUUUGCCUGCAGCAAAAUGGAUUCAUAAGCUGCUUUAAAGAACAACUGAGCACUUCAUUUCACAGAAUGGCCUUACCAUAGUUAACAAUAGCUACUCUCAAAUGAGCAUUUCUACUUCUGUGGAACUGUAAUAAAUAAA